AUGAAGGCCACACUGAUCCUCGUCUCGACACUCCUUGCCGCCGCCGGCAUCAACGCAGCUCCCAGCGAGCCAUGUUAUGGGCCUGAUGGUGCAGCAGGCGUCUGCCUCUCCAGCUCCGACUGCACCAAACAAGGCGGCAAGACCAUCGACGGGGCCUGCCCAGCCGACGGCGCGGGCAUUAAGUGCUGCAGCAAGCCGACCUGCGGCACCUCCAAGGGCGGCAACUGCCGCUGGACGUCGGACUGCGCCGCCAAGUCCGAGUCGAACCAGUGCCCCGGCCCGGGCGGGUUCAAGUGCUGCAACAGCGACGACAAGGGCUUUGGCGGCUACGCCAAACCCAUCCUGCCCUCCGUCGGCCCCAAGUGUCUACAGGUGGCGCGGGACGGCGCCGGCAAGAUCGUCGAGGCGUGGCCCGGUCGCGUCAGGCAGGUGUAUUGCGCGCGCGACUGCCAGUGUGGUGAGGGGAGUGAUCACUGCUGCGGCAAGGCGACGGACAUGAUGUGUUCGGAUGCUGGGGGCUUGGCGACACUGUCGGGGAGGGAGAUUGCCGAGUGGGUUAUGAAGAAUCGGGACGAGUUGAAGCUGAGCUAUGUCAUCUGGGGUCAGAAGAUCUGGCACGUCAAGAACGACGAGGAGAUGGGGUGGGAUAAGUGGCGGACCAUGGAGGACCGGAAGGAUGUUACGCAGAAUCAUUGGGACCAUGUGCACGUCAGCUACAGAUAG